CCUCCCCCCCCCCCCCCCCUGUCCGUCUUCCUUCCCUCACAUGCCGGCCAUGGUGGCAGUGCGCACCUGCCCCUGGUACUUGGCCAGAUCCUCGUAGGCAGCCUCCCACAGCCCGGCAUUCAGUAUGACCACGUCUCGCUCACGCCACGGCCCUUGGCGGAUGGUCUGCAGGGUGGCCGGUAGCGAGUCGCGCAGCAGGCGGAUCCGGUGAAAGACGACCGCCUGGUCGGGGAUCGGGCCCGGCUCCCCCCCGGGGCAGGGCUGGUCAUCGGUCAUGGCGUGGCGACGGCGCAGCAAUCCCCGCAUGUAUGUCGACCACUGGAGCAGGAGCGAGUCGCCGAUGAGCACCAAACGCCGCGGGCCCUCGAGCCCGCAGAGCACGCGCUCCAGGCUGGCGGCAAUUUCAUGGUCAAAGGGACCGCGCGCCGUGCCGCCGCCAUUGGCCAGAUCCAGUCGCUGGCGGAUGUACUCCCCAAGUGCGGUGGACUUGGCCAUGUGGCGCGCUUGCCGCCAGGGGGUCCUUUGUGUUGCGGGCCCCGGCGGCCCGGGCCCGAGCAUGGGGCAGUGAUCCGGCUGUCGCCAGGCAUCCAGCGCCAGCGGCCGGAAGCGCCAGCGCAUCGAAUGCACCGGGUCGCACUGACGGAAGUAGAUGUCCUCGCGCUGGAGGUCGGCCCAGAGGGCCUCAUACCAGCCGGAAAGGUCCGGCAAGUGGGUGUUGCUCUCGUCGGGGUGCUCGCCCGGUGGCCCGUGGGUCUUUUCCGCACGCGUGGUGGACAGGUCCUCCCACACUCCGACGGCCAGUUGGGCACGCUCGCGCAGGAGCCCCUCCACCGCGCUGUCCCCGCCCGGGGUGAAGGGACCAAUGCGAGCACCGGCCGCGGCUCCCAGGGAGCUGCCCCACUGCACCACCUCCGACAGGUACAAACAUUGGACCCAGUUUGCCAGGUGCGGGGCCGCCUCGAGAUCCGGCGCCGACGCCGCCGGGCCACCGGGGUCGGGCUGGGCCCCUGGCGGCCGGUACUGACGCCACAGGCCGGACGCGCUGGUCCGGCUGUCGAGCGUCGACACCACGCGAAUGUUCACCCGUCGAGGGAUGGGCGCGGCUGUGGCCUCCGGGCCGCCGGUGUCGCGUGGGAUGAAAACCGCCAGCUCGAGCUCGGUCCGCCGGCCCGGCUCGCCCGGGCCCAUGACACGCCAGACGGUCGGCAGGCGCCGGGCCGGGAGCAGCAUGACCCCCGGCUCGAGCGCCUCCACGAGAAAGUGUGCAUCCGGGCCGCAGCUGUGCCCCCCCUCCGUCCAGGGACUCGGUCGAGGGUCGAAUCCCACGCGCCCGAUGAACUGCCUCCCCGCCCCCCCGCCCCCUCAGGCCGGUGAGUGUCCCGCUGAUCCUCCUGCGCAUGGGGUGAUAGACCACAAUAAAUGCCCCCCGCCCGUCCUCGGCCCUGCCUUAUCUGUACGGUCCCUCGCGUGCAUGUGCAGGCCCAUGCUCCAGCAGCUGCACGCG